UGCGUAUACUUUCACCUGUAAAAUAUGUCGCUGCACCUUUUUGUAUAUGUACACUUAAUACACGAGGCUCCAGAUCACCACUGUGAUUAAACAUAGUUGAAUGGGAUUUUGCAGGCUGAAAGAAGAAUUUGCAGAGCAGCUCUCCUGUGUGAAGGCUGAACACCUCAGGGUGUUGGAGCGUCUGCAAGCCACCCAUGCCCUGGAGCACUCAUCCUCCAAGGUGGCAGAACUGAGCAAUAAGCUCAACAGCCAGGAGGUAGCAAUGAAACACCUGCAGCAGCAGCUGAAGGAGCUGCAGGAAUGUAAAGAGGCUCUCUCCAUCUCCAGGCGCAGAGAAGAAGUUCUGCAGAAGCAGUUAACCAGGUUGCUGCAGGAGCUGAAGGAAGCUAAAGAAGCUCAGAGCUCUGAGGUGAAACUUCUUUGCAGUCUGGAGAGGAAGAUCAUUAGCAUGGAGCUCAGACAUGAGCAUAGAGAGAAGGAGCUGCAGCAGGUUGUUGCCGAAACGUUUCAGAUGUCAACGGCUGACCUGCAGUCAGAAGUGGAGCGGUGGCGGCGCCUGGCUCAGGACAAGAACAGAGAACUGGACGCUUUCCGCUCAGAGCUGGACUCCAUACUGGACAUCCUGAGACAUCUGCAGAAACACGGCGCGAACCAUGGAAACUUCACCUUGCAGAGUUUGCAUUGUAAUGUUAGCCAGAACAUAGAAGACACUGUUCUGUUCUCAGCUGAACAGAGACAGGCAUUUUCAGGUUUUAGUAUCUAAUUUAAUAUGUAUUAAAAAAAAAAAAAACAUCAUAUAUAAUGCGCACGUGUAUGCAGCCUGUUGCGGUUACUCCUCUCAUUGUUUGAUUUUAAAAAAAAAAUAUUUUAAAUAUUUUUCAAUUAUUUUAUUUCACCACUUUAUUUUACUUUAGUCAACAAUGUUGACUAAAAAAGUCAUCUUUUUUUCUUCAUUGUUGAGAUACUUUUUAUACUCUGCUGAGCGCAACAAGUUGGCCAUUGCUUACACCAGGGAUCAGCUGAUUGGGCUGAAACCAGCAGCCCAAUCAGCUGAUCGGUAGCAGUAUGGUAGCACUGUUUGUGCUACUGUAAAUCCGUGGCACUGCCAAAGGCUGGAUUUCAGCCUGAUUUAGUCAUUUCUUCAUUUUGUCUCUUGUUGUAAACCUCCUCGCAGAAGUGUGCACUACAGAUCACCAUUUUAGUAGACUGUUGGUGGUGAAUUAUCACCAACAGUUUUUCUGUGCUGAAAAUUGUUCAAUACCAUGUCUUCAAUACAAUUAGACAUAUCCUUGUCUAAUAAGUGCUUAAUAAGUAAAAGAUCUAAAUUAAACUAACACUCCA